GCACAGAACCCAGUAAGCCAGGCUCACAGGCGAGAGGCCCUGCCAUGGCAUCCCCUAGGCCCCUUCUGACGCUGGCCCUGCUGGCCUGGGCUGUUCUGGCUGACCAAGAGUCAUGCAAGGAUCGCUGCACUGAGGGCUUCAACCCGGACAAGAAGUGUCAGUGUGAUGAGCUCUGCUCGUACUACCAGAGCUGCUGUGACGACUUCGUGGCUGAGUGCAAGCCCCAAGUGACUCGCGGGGAUGUAUUCACCAUGCCAGAAGAUGAGUACUGGGUUAAUGGCCUCGACUCGGAGACGGAAAAUCCCAGUGUCCACACACCGACAGAGAGUACCCCCCUUGACAGUAACCCACAGGCCCCUGAAAAUACUCCUGAGCAGGCACCUGUUCUGGACGCUGAAGAAGAGGCUCCAGGACCAGAACGGGGGACCUCAGGGCCUGACGUGGGGACCCUAAGGCCUGAGAGCACUGAUCAAGAAAUCCUCGAAUCCUCAGCAGAGGAGCUGUGCAGUGGGAAGCCCUUUGAUGCCUUCACUGACCUCAAGAAUGGUUCCCUCUUUGCUUUCCGAGGGAAAUACUGCUAUGAGCUGGAUGAAUAUGCAGUGAGACCUGGGUACCCCAAGCUCAUCCAAGAUGUCUGGGGUAUCGAGGGCCCCAUUGAUGCUGCCUUCACCCGCAUCAACUGUCAGGGGAAGACCUACCUCUUCAAGGGAAGUCAGUACUGGCGUUUCGAGGAUGGUGUCCUGGACCCCAAUUACCCCCGCAGUAUCUCUGAAGGCUUCGAGGGCGUUCCAGACAAUGUGGAUGCAGCCUUCGCCCUCCCCGCUCACAGCUACAGUGGACGGGAGCGGGUCUACUUCUUCAAGGGGAAACAGUACUGGGAGUACGAGUUCCAGCAGCAGCCCAGCCGGGAGGAGUGUGAAGAUAGCUCCGUGUCAGCUGUGUUUGAACACUUUGCCGUGAUGCAGGGGGCCGGCUGGGAGGACAUCUUUGAGCUUCUUUUCUGGAGCAGACCCUCUGGUGGCACCAGACCGCCCCAGUCCAUCAGCGAGAACUGGCCUGGUGUGCCCGAGAAAGUGGAUGCAGCCAUGGCUGGCCGGAUCUACAUCUCAGGCUCAGCUCCCCGCUCCUCCUUAACCAAGAGCACUAAGUCUAAGCGUCGCAACCGUAAACGCUACCGAUCACAACGUGGCCAUGGCCACAGCCCCAAAUCCCACCGGAAAUCCCGUUCAAUCUGGCUGUCCUUGUUCUCCAGUGAGGAGAGUGGCCUGGGAACCUACAACUAUGAUUACGACAUGGACUGGCUUGUGCCUCCCAAAUGCGAGCCCAUCCAGAGCGUCUACUUCUUCUCAGGAGACAAGUACUACCGAGUCAACCUUCGCACACAGCAAGUGGACACUGUAAGCCCUCCCUACCCACGGAACAUCGCCCAGUACUGGUUGGGCUGCCCGGCCCCUGAUCACCAGUAGGAAUCUGAGCCCAUAUAUCUGGGCCCUCCGCUGCUUCCUCCUCUAACCUCCUCCUCCCAGCUCAAUAAAGACCCCUUG